UUAUUGGUCACGUGAGAAGAAAUGAUGUCAUACACUGGUGGAGGCACAGGAACUAUUUGAUUAACGACAACAGGAGGCCAGGGUUUGUCCAAGUUAAAGACAAACUUAUAUAAAUCACCCUUUUUAGGAGCAAGAAAAGGCACUUUAAGUCGCACUGCUGGCCUCUAGCUUCCCCACGAAGAGCCACUAUGACGGCGUCGGUGUUUUUCGGCUGCACAUUCAUUGCCUUCGGCCCUGCCAUCGCUCUGUUCCUGUUUACCAUCGCCCGGGAGCCGCUGAGGGUCAUUUUCCUCAUAGCAGGAGCGUUCUUCUGGCUGGUGUCUCUGCUGCUGUCCUCUCUGGUGUGGUUCAUCUCAGUUCAGAUCAGUAACAAGGACAGUGCAGCGCAGCAGAAAGGUCUCCUCAUCUUCGGCGUGGUGCUGUCCGUCCUGCUGCAGGAAACCUUCCGCUUCGCUUAUUAUAAGCUGCUGAAGAAAGCGAACGAGGGCCUCCUUGCUCUGAGCCAGGAGGAAACCAUGCCGAUCUCCAUACGGCAGCUGGCCUAUGUCUCUGGCCUCGGCUUCGGCUUCAUGAGUGGAGCGUUCUCCGUGGUGAACAUCCUGGCUGACUCUGUGGGGCCGGGGACAGUGGGGAUCCACGGAGACUCACAGCACUACUUCCUGUCCUCAGCCUUUAUGACCAUGGCCAUCAUCCUACUCCACAUGUUCUGGGGCGUUGUCUUCUUUGACGCUUGUGAGAAACAGCGCUGGUGGGCAGUAGCUGCUGUCGUCAUCAGCCAUCUUGUCGUUUCCUGUCUGACCUUCCAGAACCCAGAGUACGUUGGCAGUCUGGUUCCCACCUACAUCAUCAUGUUCCUGAUGGGCGUCUGGGCGUUCUACUCCGCCGGCGGCUCACUCAGGAACCUCAGACUUUGCCUCAGCUGCAUAGACAAGGACUUCCUUCUCGCCAACCACCGGCCCAGAUAACAUAGCACGCCAGGCAGCGUGCAGGACUCUGUAUCCAAAGACCACCUGAGUUCAUGCUCACACACACACACACACACACACACACACACACACACACUGAACACAACACGGAUCUCCCUGUUAAUCUGUAGUUUUACUUCUGGGGUAUUCCAACAUCGAAAGUCAGAAAUUAAAAGCAGUGAAAGUUUCCUGAAGGAUAGAAACAGAUUGUAGAUGAUUGGGUUUCUGAUGGGGACUCCUGUCCAGCUCAGAGGCUCAGUGUCUUUGUAUGGACCUAAUUUAAAUCUAAUGAUAGGUUUCUACACAAAAAUACAAAAUAUGUACUGUAUGUUUGGUUGAUAGUGUCCUUGUGUUUUCUGAUGCUCUGAGAGAAGCAACAGGUGAGCAAUGGUACAAAAGAAAUUUCAAGUUGUGUAUGAAAGUCUUGGCACUCUGUACAUAUUCCAGUGUUUCAUAUUUUCUGACGGCUGUCUUCUUUCAAAGGGUGGAUUUAACUUUUAUGAACCAAACUCUGUGUACAUACUGCUGCAUUUUUAAUUCCCUGAUGUGUAGAUAGAAGUUUUAACCUUUUUUCAAGUUGUGAUGCACCAUCUUGAGGCUGAAUAAGGACUGACCACUGGACUCUAAAUGAGUACAGACUAUAAAAAGACGAGCUCUUCUGUAGUCAUUCCUGUUUUGGACUGUUUGUCCCACUGCUGUUUCAGCGCUAAGAGGCGAGCUGCUCAGACGGAGUCUAAACUCAAGACAAACAAGAGGAAUCUGAAAGUCUGAAUGGAUCCAUUCAGGUUUUAACUUUAAAAAGCUCUGAUACAGAAACUGUCAGUCCUGAUUUAGCCGAUUAAUAUGAACUUGAUCUUAAGAAUGUCUUAAAUCAGCUUUUUGUCUAACACAUUUGUUCAAAAAGACUCAUCUUUCUUGUAGAUUAGCUGGUGCUUUAUGUAUGUUUUUCCACUCCUGUGUACACACAAAUAGCAUUAUGAAUUCAUAAACAAGAAUCUGGUUAAAGUGUUGGCUUAGCGAUCUUUGAGAGGUGGUUCUUUGUUGCCGUUAGUUGUUUGCAGGUGAGGACAGGAGUUAAUGUGAAUGUGUCUGACAUGUUAGAAGUUUCCUUACAGUGAUUGUGUUCCUUUGCCCCUGCCUUUGUUCUGUUGUUGACCUACUUGUGCGUUUGUAUCGGUCACGUGCCAGGACAGGUUUCUUGAGGUUUGGAUGGAUGAUGCCAACAGGUUAAAGAUGUCACUUGUAACUAUUUGCAUUGAUCCUGUUGUUUCCUGCCUUGGCUGGCACUCCAAACAAAAUUGAAUUUGGAAUCUUAACACUGGUAGAAAAAAGCUUGCAUUCAGUUGCCAGUUUAUUAGGUACACUUAGUUAAAACUAAUCCUAGAGUCCUUCAAUAAAUCCUGCUCCAUGAACUGUAUCAGAGCUGUUGACUCAACUGUAUGGUCAUUUUGGAGGCUGUGCUGCUGGUAAACUGUACUCCAUUUUACAGAGAGCUGUUUCUGUCAUUUAGCCUAACAUUGCUGACAGAAAUGGAACAACAAAAUAAUAGGAACACCUGUCAGUAUAAUGCAGUACAAUACAGCAGCUCCACAGACAUUCAUGUCGCCUGCAGGAGGAGCUGAAGUAAC